AUGACCUCAAAAGAAUCACACAUAGUUGGACCUCGGUCUUCUUCUUUUGACUUAGAAGAGUACGAAUCUGAUACACAAGAUCUUCUUGAUCAGGAGCGAAAUACGAAUCGAUUCAAACAGCAAAGGAAACGAAACUGGAUUUUCUUGGUUUUGAAUGCCUUCAUUUUACUGCUUAAUAUUGGAGUGCUUCUUAUGAUAAGCGUCCCAAAGAUAGUCUCUGUGGCUGAAGACGCUCAGGUUGUUCAUUUACCAUAUGCAGAUUAUACGAUACGUGUUCCACAAGCCUAUUCACGGAAUCCAAGCUCGCCUGCUAGCAUUAUCACGGAAUUCCAAGAUGAAAAAGGAGGAGUCAUGGGAACCUUUAGCUACUUGCACAAUUUGCAUUGCCUGAAAACCAUUCGGCAUUACAUCCUUCGUGAUUACUACCCUAAAGCAGCGGAACUAUACAAGCCGACCCCAGAAGAGCCGAUUCCUGAACACAUUGAUCAUUGUAUUGACAUCCUCCGCCAAUCAGAGCUAUGCCACGCUGAUAUGUCGCUCGUAAUUUUUGAAUGGCAUGAAAAUGAAGAAAAGCCUGUGAACCUUCAUCACUCGCAACAUGUCUGCGCAAAACCCGACAAUCUGAAUAAGUUUCUCGAAGCCAACAGCGUGCCUCCUUUGGGUCAUAUCCUUGUGAAUCCGUGGACUGGUAUGCGACCUAUUCUUUUUGGUUUUCCUUCUAAAACUGACGAAAUCUCCAGGGCGGAAUCCGUUUUAAAGCUCUUCAAUGCUUCAGAAACAACAAUACUCCUAUCAACCUUGGGCCUUCCAUAUGAUCGCCACCUCUCGAAAUAUGACCGCUCGGGACCUCUAGCCAAAGCGGGAGUACCAAGUCCACUGCGACUAGGCCUUCGCCCCGCCCUUUUGAAAAUUUCUCCAAACACAGAAUCCCAAAGUAUGGCUUUGAAAUUUCCCGCUGAGAACGUGGUUCCACAUACCUAG